ACGACUGGACAGUGGCCAGUGAUCGAGUGGCCCAGGUAGUUACCCUCAUCAUGAAGAUCGUUUUUGCUACCCUGUUGGGCUACUUGCUCCUUGGACUAGUGCUGUCCCAUGCCAGCUUGGCAACUGCCGCAAAUGGAGUGAUUCCAACGUAUCCAGCAACGUAUCCAGUGCCCGCUGCUAUUCCCCGCCUGGUUCCCGUGGCCACCAGCCAUCAGUUUGUCACUCGAAACUGGAAUCGCGUUCUCGUGCCUCCCACCACGGUGACCACUUAUCCGAACACCUACGUUAAGUACAGCGGAGGCUAUCCGGCGUAUCCCGCCUACCAUUAUCCCUAUGCCUCCACCUAUCCGUACAACUAUCCCUACUACUAUCCCACUUAUAACGUUGGAUAUGGCUACAAGGGCGUCUGGUGAUCGGCGUGCUACGAAAUGUGCCUUUAAUAUAUUGUGAUAAUGUUCGAUACCAAUAAAACAUCUUUCGUUACUAAUUUAAUUUUAAUAACUCACUAAUUCACUCCUGAGACACUGUACUUGGUACGUCGUCAAAAGCAAAAGUAAAGCCCAAUACCAACUUGAUAAUGACACAAUUGUUGUGGUUAA